AGCCAUGUUUGAGAUAAGCGUCUUCAUUUUGCUGAUCGCAUCAGCUGCUGCUUCACUGAAUGCUCCAUUGGUCAUAUGGACGAGCGAGCAGUGUGCCCAGAAUAUGCCCAAGUUCACACUAGGAGAUCAACUGUCGGAUGAAGAUUUCAACCACAAAGUCAUCGCGCCCCAAUGCGGAAAAUGUGCUGUUGUUGUUUUCGAUACGCAAAUUUCCCUGGAUGACCUGGCUUCUCUGGCUCAACAAAAUUCCCUCAUGCCGUCUCUGAAGGGUGUGCUGAUGAAGGCGGAUUGGCAGCGACUGAUGAGCUACAAGGGGAGUGGGGGUGGGGGGCAGAAGACGCCCUUGUGUGACACACGAUACAUUCCACUCUCAGUUGAUCGAAAUUCAGAGAACGCAGCCAACGACAUUGAUCUGAAGCUGAAAUCAACUCUGGGAAGCCUUGCCAAGAGUGAUGAAAAUACGGUGUAUGUUAUUCGGUCAACAUUCAAAGCUGCAGUGAGCCAGGUAGAACCCAGACAUGUGAUCAAGCGUCGAUCGGCUGCCCCGAGGGCCUCAAAUGAAUCAAUCUACAUCAUGAAUAACUGUUUCCUGAUGAACUGCGAUAAAAUCUAUUUUCUCGCUCUGGGAAAUGAAUGGAAAAGCAAAGAUGGAAAACAGCCCAAGCCCCAGAAUAUCAGCGGCUGGUACACCGAUAUGACUGGCGACAAAUGCCCCACCGGCAACACAAGCUUCACGGUAACGAUGAAGACCAAUGAGACAAUUGAUACGCUGGGCAUCUCCAAUAUUCAGAUAAGCAUGGUGAUUGACACCUGGAGAUUCGGACCCUCCGAGAACAACAAGUGGUUCAAGUACUGGUAUGCAGAGAAUCUCACACUCUCUUUCACGUUCAGCUCCAAAGAGCACUCCUAUCCUCUGACUAACGGGUACAUAGCCGCCCCAAGAGACAAGUCCUACGCAUGUCAGUCGCCAGACAUCUGGCCCAUGCAACCCAGGGAUGACAUCAAAGGGCGAUCGGCCUCGCUUCUCUUCCAGAAUCUACAGUUUGACGUGAAUCUCAUCUUCAACGGGACAGCUGGAGAGGCGCCAGCAUUGAGGACUGGCUUCUCAGACGGUGUGGACUGUGACGACAGACUGGGCAAGGGGGGAGUGGUGGGACUGGCCUUCCUAGUGCUGGUGCUGCUCGUCUCCCUCUACGUCGUCACCAUUCUCUCCACUGCCCAGAACCCAGUGUUCGGAGACAAGCAGAUUGUGGUCGCACAGGAGUAGCACAGAACGUAGAGUCCAUCUCCCACAGAGCCUAAAUGAUACCAACAGUGAGGCCAACAGAUGAAAUGAACACGAGAACUAUUUCACAAUACUCGCAGAUAAUUGAACAUUAAAUGUAACUAUUCAAGUCAGAAUUAAACAAGUAAAUCUUCAAACUCGAUUGGACUGAAUGCAAGUGUGAAAUAUGACAAGUAGGUUUACAUAGUACUGGUAAAUCUGAGUAGCAAUAACAAUUGCAGAGCAAAGUUCGCUUGUUGGAAAGAAAUUGAGAAGACAACAUUUGUGCAUUUAUAUCAAAGGAAGUAAUUGUUCACUUACAACCCAGGGCCUAAUUCAUGAUGAAAUCUAGAAAAUGAAAUAGGAAAUGUUCAAUUGAAUCAAAUCAACAACAGAAUUUCCCUGUCUGCAAAAAAUUCAAUUCUUAUCAGUGGUAUCUGUUUAUUCCAGAAUGGUAACUUAAUUCAUUUCUUACGAUGUAUAUGAUGGAUAAUCUUUUCAGUGUUAGAUAGCUUGCUUUAUUAUAUUUCACUUCCUCGUGUAAUCCUGAAUCUUUUGAUAUGAAAUUCGACAUUUUAUUAAGCAUGAUCUGUGUAUAUAAGAUGAAGUCAACUAUAAAUUUAAGAUUACCUAUCA